AUGCGCUCUCUCUCUCUCUCUCUCUCUCUCUCUCUCUCUCUCUCUCUCUCUCUCAUUAUGCUUUUAUACAUUAGGGCCGUGUUCGUAGUUUACAUCUAUCUAUCUAUCUAUCUAUCUAUCUAUCUAUCUAUCUAUCUAUCUAUCUAUCUAUCACAAUCUCUUCUUACCUGUCUGUCUGCUUAUCUGUCUGUCUGCUUAUCUGUCUAUUUAUAUAUCUCUCACAAUCUCUUCCCUAUCUAUCUAUCUAUCUAUCUAUCUAUCUAUCUAAGACAGGCUUUUCUCUCUAGCUCUCUCUCAAAAUGCAUCAAUAACAUAUGUUCGCUCUCUGUAUCAGGAUAUACAGCCCUCUUUUACAGUUUGUAUACGUUCUUUCUUUUCUUCUUUCUUUUCUUAUUCUUCCCGUUUCAUUUCUCACGUGACCUUUUUUUCUUUAUCCUCGUUUCACAGAUUUUUCAUAUUUUCUUCCUUUCUUUUUCUUUCUUUCUUUCUUUCUUUUUUUCUUUCUUUCUUUCUUUCUUUGUUUCUUAUUCCAUUUGCUUAUGUUGGAAUAUGUUGUUUUAUAAAAUAUAUUUAUUAAUAUAUUUUCUCUCUUUCUUUCUUUGCCUUUCGCGCUUAAAAAAUCUUUUAUUCAUUCAUUGUAUUUCACUCUCCCUUGCUUCCUUUCGUCCUAUUUCUUUCUUCUUUUUUCCUGUUUUUUUUUUUCAUAAUUUUUUUUUAACAAAUUUUUCAACUUUUUUUUUUUUAUUUUUCCUUGAAUUUUUAUUUCUUUUUUUCUUUCUUUCAAAAAGUUAA